AUGGCAAGUCGAUUCGUGCCCUCCUUCACAUCUCCGAAUUCUGAUGUUGUGAAAACCUUCAUCGACAAAGUAGCCGCCGUGGAAAAGCUGCUGGUUCUCACCGGUGCUGGAAUGUCAACCGAAUCAGGUAUCCCAGACUAUCGAUCAGAGAAGAUUGGGCUAUAUGAGCGCUCAAAUCGCCGGCCUAUAACCAUCCAAGAGUUUCUGGCUACGGACUCUGCUAAGAAAAAAUAUUGGUCUCGUAAUUUUUUGGCUUGGCCUAAUUUCUCUCGUGCUAAAUGUAACGCCGCUCACCGAGCUGUAGCGUCCUGGGAGCGUUCGAGCAAGGCAUCUCUCCAGCCUAUCCUGGAAGAUCUAAACAAGGAAUGGAUGAAAGUAAACGUAGCUGGCGAAAUUGCCCCAGAUGGAGAUGUGGAAUUGGCAGACGGAGCGCAUGAGUCGUUUGUCCUUCCAUCGUGUCAAAAAUGCGGUGGAGUUUUGAAGACGGAUGUCGUGUUUUUUGGUGAUAAUAUUCCUCGUCAGGUUGCUGAUGAGUGUUGGGAGAAGCUCGAAGAAUGCACGGGAAUUCUUGUGCUGGGCUCCUCGCUGCAAGUCAUGUCUGGAUAUCGCUAUGCUUGGUACGCUAAACUUGAGGGAAAACCUGUGUAUAUAGUGAAUAUCGGGCCAACUCGAGCCGAUAAUUUUGCUGAUAUGAGAAUUAGCGCUCCAGUAACGGAAGUUGUUACUAAAAUGUGA